AUUUUCAAGAAUACCUGAGGAGUAAGAAAACUAAAUAUCUGAAGAAUUCUUGAAGAAUCAACCACAAUCAGUUCGUCUUCAAGUAUUCCUCAGAAGUUCAUUAUCGUGCAUGUAACUUCCCUAAUUAUUCUUAUUGUAUUCUUCUAUAAAUUCCUGAAGAAUUACAAUUCAAAAAGGAAGAAAACUUUAAGAAUACUUUGCGAAUUUGCCGUGCUAUCUGGAAAAUUACUCGUUUGACUUUGCCUUACAUUUCUUUGCAGUGAAUAAAAAGUCUCUUACGUUCUCGACUUUGGAAGACGAGGCGGGAGAAAAGUUAAACGAGCUAUUUGGGGUGGAACUCGCUCUUCUCAGGGUGCAACCUAGCGGUUGCUUAAUGCCGCCGAGCUAUGUUCUCUACGCGCAGAAGAUACGUGACAUGCCAGUGUACGAUGACGACAUCUGGAUUAUCUCGUUUCCUCGAACUGGAAGUCACUGGGUGCAGGAAAUGACGUGGUGCAUCGGGAACAAUUUUGAUUACGAAAAAGCUCGCACGAUUAUAAUGAAACGGAGUCCUACGCUCGAGUAAGUUGACUAGCGAUUUAAUGAUAUUUU